ACUUUAAUGUUAGCAAUGACCCAGAUUCGGGUACAGCCCAGCAGCCAAGCAAGUGGAGUUCAUUUCAGGUUACCUGAGGUCACAGCGCGGGGGCCGACGGGAGCUAUUGAGGUAAACAACAUGGCGAGACGAGAUGACGCGCAGGCGGGCACCACCGAGCUGGCCGCGAACAGCGAGCUGCUCGGCCUCAACCCUCCGUUCACGGACGGGCCGCCGCCGCCUUUCUGCCUGAUAUGCAACGAUAGGGCUUCUGGCUAUCAUUACUCGGUGUACUCGUGCGAGGGCUGCAAGGGAUUCUUCAAACGGACAGUACAGAAGAACCUGUCGUACAAGUGUAAAGGGGAGGGGCAUUGUGAAAUCAACAAAUUCACUCGAAACAACUGCCAGUCUUGCCGAUUCCAGAAAUGUAUGGACAACGGGAUGAAGAAGGAAGCGGUAAGGGAGGACAGGGCACCAGGGGGGCGUCAGGGACAGAAACGCAUGCGACAUUCCUACCACUACUCAUCCCAGAGUGAUCUGGAGAGCACCUGCAAUUCCACAGGCAGCACAGGCAGCCCUCUGGACUGCAGCUCCCCUGGGGAACCAGAGAGUGACCUGUUCUACUGUGAUGACCUGGGGAAAACCUUAGUCAACUCCAAACCUGACCAGGUCCCACGUUUGCCUGAAGGAAGUACCUUUGAUGUCAAUGUGGCCCCGGAGCCUGGCCAGCUCAAUGUGAUGAUGCAGCUAGGGUACGAUGAGUUGCGGAUGAUCAUUGAGUGGGCACGAAAAGUACCAGGGUUCAACGAACUGCAGAUGGAGGACCGAAUGUCCCUCCUAAAGAGCUCGUUCAUGGAUCUGAACUGCCUCCGACUUUCUUACAGAUGUCUGCCAUGGCUACCUAAGGUCUUCUUUGGCCACGGCGUGGUGCUGACUGUGGAGCAGACUGCCGGUCUGGGCUGGAACAGGGACAUGAUCACCCUGUGGGAACAGUACGUGGAGAGACUGCAGGAGAUGAAGGUGGACCAUGUGGAGUUCUGUCUGCUGAAUGCCUUGGUUCUGUUCUAUCCAGAUGCCUCUGGUUUGAAGGACAAGCCUAAAGUGACAAGUCUACAGGGUGAUGUGCUAAAGAGCCUGCGCCACUACACGGUGACAAGGUUUAAUGAUUCCAGAAG